GGUCAAUGAAAAGUGAGUAAAUCCAUUUUUGUUGUAUACAAAGUGAUAACAAUAAUGACAUCUUUCCUUUGAUUGGUUUGACUACUGAAACUCUCUUCCCUUUCUCUCUUUCUCUCUCUUUAAAAACACAAAAACAAAUACACAUCUGCUUCCUAAAUGCACAGUACUCCUACUCUUAAAUAUUUUCCCCAAACUUUUUUCUCUCUUCAAAAAUCUCUUAUUUGUUUUAGUUUGACUCCUUUAAAAACGUUUCUAGGGUUUGAUCUUCACAAAUCUCACAAGUUGUCAACAGAUUUAAACAAAUCUUGCAAACAAGAUUUGUGGAUUUUCUUAUUUCUGUUCUUUAAGGUCAUCAAGAUCAACAAAUUGGAACAAUCAACCGCGAAAGGUCAAUUUUCCCAAGUGAAUAAAACGCAAAGUUCUUGAAUUUCAAAGACGAUGGGGUGUUUAACGGUGUUAAAAGGCAAGAAAAAGAAAUCAAACCCAAACAUUCACGUAAAACGAGUCAACCCACAAGACCCGACUCCAACUACAUUACCCGAACCACUAACCCAGACCCAACCCCGGCUACAAUCCGCACCACCAAGCUUCCGAACCAGGGUCAAACCGGUCCAACCCAACAACCCACCAAACACUAGCAGAACACGAGCCCUAUCAGCACCUUCAACCCUGGAUGCAGCCGAACAAGACGCACUUUCAUCAGCCGAAUUUGAAGAACACGAAGAAUCCAAAACCCGUGGCAGCGGCGGAGGCGGAGGCGGGUUGCCGCCUGUCCCGCAGCCGCUGCCGCUUCCUGCACCGCAUACAGCCAACUUGAAAACCAUGGGAAGCUUUAAAGUUGGUGGCGGCAGUGGGCUGUUGCCCCCUCUUAAUACUUCCGGCCCUCUGCCACUUCCGCCAUCGGGAACCACCCAUCUUCCGCCAAUGAUUCCGGCAUCUUUACCGACAUCUGGAACACUUAAGAAUUUCACGUUUGAAGAAAUCGCAGCUGCUUGCCAUAACUUUUCACCUGAGAGAUGCGUGUCUGAAGGUCUUUCUUCUGUUAUGUAUAGAGCUUCAUUUGGAGAAGAUACUUCUAAUUUAAAGAAUCUUCAAGCCACUGUUACAAGUCUCCAUCCUUCAUCUCAGGGUUUGAAGGAAUUUGUGAGUGAAGUGAACACACUAGCAUCAUUGCAACACCCCUAUCUCUGUAAAUUGAUUGGCUUCCAUGGUCGUGAGGGAUCUGAUAGAAGAAUGUUGGUUUACGAGAGGCUUUUUCAUGGAAGUUUAGAUCGACUUUUAUAUGGUAGAACAGAUGGCCCACCUAUUGAUUGGAAUGCAAGAAUGAAAGUCGCACUUUGUGCUGCUCAAGGGCUUACUUUUUUGCAUGAGGAAGGACCAUUUCAGGCGAUGUUUCAUGAAUUUUCAACUGCGAAUAUACAAAUUGAUAAAGAUUUUAGUGCAAAGCUUUCGGGGUAUGGUUGCAUAAGUCACAUUCCUGAAACUGACAUCUCAAAUAAUUCAGUUGCAAUGGGGAAUCUUUCAGUAGAGACAUUAGAGAGAGGACUUUUAACCCCAAAAAGCAACGUAUGGAGUUUUGGGAUCAUCCUCCUUGAAUUGCUUACAGGGAGAAAGAAUCUAGACAGCCGCCACCCAAAAGAAGAAAGAAACCUAAUCAAAUGGAGUAGACCCUUUUUAGCCGACGAUAGCCGCCUCUCCCUGAUCAUGGAUCCUCAGCUAAAAGGGCGGUUUCCGGCGAAAGCCGCCAGGACAAUGGCGGACAUAGCCCAAAGAUGCCUUCAAAAAGAGCCAUCAGAAAGACCAACAAUGAGAACCAUUGUUGAACACCUUAAAAUCAUACAAGAAAUGAAGUUUUCAUGUCGAUUCCCGCUUCAAGAGCCAGGUGGCCCAAUCAGCCGGAAACACAUGGCGAAAUCGUUGAGUUUGAAUGGGAUUAUUUAUCCGGCGCCAAGGCUGAGCUACUCACCAUCCCCGCCACCGCCGCCACGGCUGCCGCCGUCUCUGCCGCCACGGAACUGUGCCGCGAAUCUUGCGAUGGAGGGGAUGAUUGUGGACCGUCAAGAAAGUCGGAGGUCAUCGGCUUCGGGUAGACGGUCUAGUGUAGAAGGGUUUUGAAUGUUAAUAGAAAGAUUUUUUUUUUUUUUUUUUUUUUUUUAUAAUAUAAAUUUUUUGAUUUUGCUUCCUCUUUCUUGUUACUAGAUAUAGAAAGUGGAAGAUGGAUUUAUAUUUUUGGAUGUUAGGUUUUUAUUUUUAUUUUGUAGAUAA